AUCUCCUCUCCCACCUCCCAAAUUGAAUCGCCAUCUCCGCUCCAGCCUCUCUGGUCUCCCGCUCGCCGCUGCCCCCACGUGCUCCAAGCUCCCCCCAUGGCGGGCGGCUCGCCCACCCCAAGCAAAGCCGGGGCACCGAGCAGCGGCCGCAAGCGCAAGGCCGCCGCCUCUACCGCGGCAGCCACCGCGGCCCGGGAGGACGAAGCGGCCGAGGAGGAAGAGGAGGAGGAGGAGGACACUGAAGAGCUGGAGAGGGAGCUGGACCGCCUGGGCCGCCGCCUCCUCGAGUACCGCCGUGACGCCGCCACCCGCCUCCUCGACGCCGCCGCCUCCCGCCUCACCGCCCUCCGCCCCCGCCCCCGCCCCGACGUUACAACUGGACCCCAGUCUCUUGCUGGAACACCACUUGCAAAAGCUGACCAAGAGAAGCUUGAAAAACUAAAGAUCAUCAAGGCCAAAAGUGAGGCUAAUAUUGCGGCUAUGCCCGUAGUACUGAAGAGCAUGAAUGAAUCUAUUGCACAGAUUGAGAAACUGGAGCAUUUGAAUGUGAAUAUGCAUCCUGUUUUCAAAACAAAACGGUAGUGAUGGUAACAUGCUUUUGUUUGAUUCAUUAUAUGCAUAAGGCUUUGUGUGUUGAUUCAGUGGUAUACCAUAUGUACCAUUUUGAUGUUUGAAUAGGCUGAUUCAGCAGCAUGUAGUUCUCCAAAGAGAUUCAGCUGAAGUUUGUAGUGGGGGUUUUUACUAACAAGACAGCUUUAGUUAGGCGUGAGUUGUAAUAUGUUCUCUACCUGUAUUUAAUCAGAAAGCACUGUGUAGCUGUUUGUCACCACUCUUUCUUAUGAGGCUGCCUUCACAAAUCACAUCCGACAAUUGUAAACCCUUCUACACAUAGUUUUGAUUAUAUCUUUUU